AACAAAUUAUAGAUUAGAAAAAGUCCUUCAAGUCUGCUGCUUCAGUUUCGAAGAAGACCACCCACUACUCUCUUGACUUGUUUUCGUUGACCCUUCAUCUCUUAUCAACCACUCCUAUUUCAUUGCUAUAAAAAGCCUCAAACAAUCAUCUUCAUUUUAUAACUUCUUUUCAAUUUUCUAUUACAAUCUGCAUCAAGUGUUCUUCUACCUUAUAGCUCUUAUCUCACAUAUCACAAGCUUCCAUUACAAUGAUGAAAGUUGUAUUAAAGUUGGAGAUAAAUGAAGACAGAAUCAAGCAAAAAGCAAUGAAGGCAGUCUCUGGCCUUUCAGGGGUUGAGUCAGUUUCAGUGGACAUGAAAGACAAGAAAUUAACCUUAAUAGGAGAUAUUGAUCCAGUAAAAGUAGUGGCUAAGCUAAGAAAGUUUUGUCAUGCUGAAAUUCUUUCUGUUGGACCAGCUAAAGAAGAAAAGAAAGAAGAACCUAAAAAGAAGGAAGAUGUAAAGAAGGAUGCAACAAAAGAAACUGUGAUUAAUCCUUUGAUGUUCUAUGGAACACAAGCCUAUUAUAAUCAUCAAAUGAAACCACAAUACAACCCUUAUUACGGUGCUGUUAGUGUUGAAGAGGAUCCUAACAGCUGUGUUAUCAUUUAAAUUUUUAUAUUAUAUUUGAUAAAAAGUUAAUCUGAUAGUUAUUGUAUUUGUUUAUAAAAAAAAAAAAACCAUGUUUUGGGCAACUUUACCAACAAUACUUGCCUUACAGGAAAAAAUAAAAAAGAAAAAAGAAAGAAGAAAGGAACAUAGUUCAACAAGAGACAAAACCAUUCAUUAAUGUCGAAAUAUAGGAUUUUCCAUCAAGUGCGACGUCUCAUUAAUCUCUAAAAAUGUGGUUAUCUCGGUUGAAUAAAUAGUUAAUUUAGAUUUUAGAUUACUUCCAAAAUUGUGAGAUUACAGUUAAUUUAAAGAAUUUUUACCGUUAACUGAAUUAGCUACUUCCUUAACUGAAUUAACUGCGAGUUUAAUAUUGCAAUUAACAAGGUGA